AUGGUUCAACCAGGAAUCGACGGCCUCGACACGCCGCGAACAAAUCUUGGCGACGCGACAUACCUCAGCCGACAGCCCGACUUCGAUAUUUCACAAGAAGCCUCGUUCCAGUCACCUGCAAAAGACAACAACCUGCUACAACAAUUGCGCAAUGGGCGUUCAGGCGGCAUCAACCUCCGCACCCCGCGCGGUCGCGCUCCUUUCAUGGACCGGAAGAACCUGCCUGCAGGCCUCGGAGGAGCCGAGUUCACCCCAAUGCUCAAGUCUGCAACACGGAAUAGCGCUCGCCGAGGCUUUGGCAAGGAGAACGGCGCCGUGCCCAACACUCCUGCUCUCAGUAAAAAUGACGACGACAUGACGCCGAUUCCGAACAUCGACACUUCUAUGUAUCACUCCCGCUCAUUCGUUGACCGCACCCCGCUCCCCGAAGUCGACAGCACGAGUACCGCGUCUACACCGCUUGUUGUGUUGCCGCGACGAGACGGCAAAGGUCCGUUGCAGGACGGAAACCAAUUGUCAUUGCGGGAGCAGGAGAACGUGAUCGAUAAGAUCGAGAAGGAAAACUUUGGCCUCAAAUUGAAGAUUCAUUUCCUCGAAGAGGCCUUGCGGAAAGCCGGCCCAGGGUUCAGCGAGGCGGCCUUGAAAGAAAACACCGAGCUCAAGGUCGACAAAGUGACGAUGCAGAGAGAGCUUCACAAGUACAAGAAGCACCUUACGUCUGCAGAGAAGGACCUCGAGAGCUACCGUCAACAGAUGAUGGAGUUACAAGAGAGGGCCAAGAAGAAGUACGCGGAUCAGAAGCAGCUCGCCGAAAUUGAACGCCUGCAACGAGCUUUGGAUGACAGAGAGGCCGACCUCGAGGAUAUGCAGCGCCAGCUUGACCGGGAUCAGCAAGACCAGGGCCAGGUGGACAAGCUGCAGGACGAGUUGGGCGACCUUGAAGCUGAGAUUCGUGAGAAGGAUCGCGUUAUCGGCGAUCACGAAGACGAAAUCGACGAUCUCAAAACCAAGCUGGAGGAUAUGGAGGAUAAGAUGAAGGAUACACAACGACGAAUGAUUGAGCUUGAGCAAAAAGCGCAGUCUAGCGACGACCUAGAUGAAGCAAGAGACACCAUCGACGACUUGGAAACGAGUGUACGGCGCUUGGAAGAGCAAGUUGACGACAUGAAGGACAGGCUCAACCAGGCCGUUUCGGACAAGGAACAGGCCAAGGGCGAUCUUGAGGAGCUUCAAGAGGAGCUGGCAAACAAAUCCGUCAUGACCAAGGGCCUUUCGCGCCAGAAAGAGGAGAAGCUCCAGCGUUUGCAAACGGACUUGGAGGAGGCAGACGCGAGAUUUGCCGACCUCGAGAAGCAGCUUUCCGGUAUGGUCAAAGAGAACGAGAGCCUCAAGGCCGUCGCCAAAGAAAGUCGACGUGAACGCGAGGCCGCAGACCGGGAACAUCAGUCGCAGCUUGCCAGGAUUGAGAAGCAGCUUGCCGAUGUUGCUAAGGAGAAGGAGGAACUGAAGACUGUCGCGCAGGAGGGCCGCCAGGAGCGAGCACUCUCCGAUCGAGAGCACCAGUCACUGCUUUCUCAGGUGGAAGAUCUUCGAAGCCAACUGCAGUCCAGACUUGACGAGAAGAACUUGUUGCAAAGUCGCCAUGACGCCCUAACGGACGAAUCUUCAUCUCUGCAACGAGAUGUGGAUCGCCUGCAAAAGUCGGUUGAAGAACUGGAGGAAAGUCUUGCUCAAGAAAGAGACCACGCCCUUGAGAUCGAGCGCGACAUUCGCGGUCAGUACAGGGGAGAAAUCGACAGGCUUAAUGAUGAGAUCUCGGAUCUCCAGGCCGAGAUUCGCGAGAAAGAUAAUCUUUACGAUAAUGAUAGUGAAAAAUGGGAAACGGACCGCCAGACUUUGGAGUCGCAACGGAAGCGGGCAGAGGAAAAGGCGGCCGGACUGGAGCGGACAAUCGAAAAGCUGCGCGAAGCAGAGGGCAACCUUUCCUCCAAGGAAUCGAGGCUACAGGAAGCCCUCGAAAGCGAGGCUCAGCGUCACAAGGACGAACAAGCAUCACUCAGUCGACAAAUCGAUGACCUACAGCAGAAUCUCGAAUCUCGACAGGCCAUGCUCACCGACUUGCGCAAUGAGCUCUCACAAGUCCAGGACGAACUCCGCCAAACUCAGCUCGACUACCAAGCGCAAACCGAGACGGUUGAGGCGCUCGAGGACGAAGUUGAGGUCCUGCAAACAACUCUGGACGAAGAAUCCGAACAUUCCCGAGAGGAGUUGGAGACUGCUAGGAAAGAGUGUGACGACCUAAAGCAACAACUGGAUGAGCUUCGUCGCUCGGCAGAUAUGGCUCGUGGCACAGCCUCCGCUUCUCAAGAAAAUGCUAGCAAGUCAAACCAAACGAUCGACCGACUUCGAGCACAGCUUGACGAGGCAACAUCUCUCGUGUCCAAGCUGAACGGGGAAAAGGAUUCUCUCCAAGAUCAGCUCCAGAAACAACUCUCCGAGUCAACUGCGCAGGUUAACAAGGUUUCCCGGGAAAAGCAGGCACUCCAGGGUCAGCUUGCAACUUUGAACCUCGAGAUGCACUCCUUGCGGAGCUCGCUGGCUGAAGCAGAGGCGGAACGCGACGAGGUCGAGAGCGAGAUGAAACGCCUACAUCAGAAUGGCGAGGAGACUUUGCGCAUCGACCGAGAGCGGCUGGACCUGCGGACCUCAAAGAUGAAGCUCGACAAUGAGGUUCGAAGACUAAAGGAGGAAAACCGGGCGUUGAUGGAGCAGAUGGAGCUCGCUGAAAAGUCCUUGGAGGAGGAAAUAGAGAAGGCAGCCGAGGAGGAGGAUCGACUCAACCAGGAGAUUCGUCAACUACAGGCCAAGGUCCGAGAACUCUCCUCGUCAGAGGGACACGAGUCCUCCAAUACUCGGCGCACGAUCCGCGAGCUCGAGCGGCGUAUCAGUGAUUACGAGGAUCAACUGGCGAUGACACAACAACUUCCCGCCAAUAACUCGGGCGAAGGCAACAGCGAAAUAUCUCUCAUUCGCCGCGACCUUUCAACAGCGCGUCAGAAAGAACGCGAAUAUCUUCAGAGGGAGGCAGCCCACAAGGAUGUCGUCAAGGGCCUUAAAAAGCAAAUCACAGAACUCGAACGGAAGGCCCACGAUGCUGAGAUGUCCCGACUGAUAAUGUCUCCCGCGUCAUCCAGUCCCUCGGCUAGGAAAUCUGAGGUUGCUGAACUUCGUCACCAGCUGUCGUCAGCCCAACAAUCCAUUCACGACCUGAAGAGCAAAGCACGCGACGCCGAGCGCAGAGCAACACAACUUGAGCAUGACUUCCAGACCCAGCUUGAAGAGCUGGAGGACCAAAAGCUCUCUCUCGAACAAGCUCUCGAAGAUGCACAGCGAGAAUCCGAAGAAGCUGCGGCUCUACACGAAAAGGCUCUUCGCCGGCUGAAGCAGAAGCUUGAGAGGGCUGAGAGCGACCGCUUAGCCAUGGGCUCCAGCCGUCGUGAUGUCGGCAGCAUGUCUUCAUCCGAGCGCAAAGACCUCCAAAACAUGUUGCGGAGGACACAGUCAGAGGCGGAUGCACUGGAGCACGAUGUGAUGCAGCAACAGGAGACUAUCGACGCUCUCAUGGCUGCUGAGGGCUCCCUGCGUCGCAAACUGGAGAGGGCGCGCAGCGAGCGCGCAGCCUACCGUUUGACCGCAGAAAAGCUGCAGAAGGACAUCCGUGACCUUAAAUCGCAGGCCGCGACUGAGGCCAAGGAUCAGCGCAACGUCCACUUCAUCGACGAGAGGAUGAGAGAAACGGACGAGGCUCUCGAGACCGUCAUUCGGGCCGCCGAAAGCGCCGACGCGAAGCACACCAAAGAACUCCGAGGCAUGACCUUGCAGAUGGAGUGGAUGCAGGCGCGGUGGAAGCGUGAGGUCAGCAUGCGAGCGGACGCGGCGUACGCGAAGAAGUUCUUGCAGCUGGAGCUCGAUGUUGCCAACGCAUGCAACAAGGCUCAGCUGCGCGACCUGGAGCAGAUCCGUACCGAGCUGCUGGGCAGCCGCCGACCCCUGCCGCCAGCGUCGUCGGCGUUGGCGAGGAGGACCACCAACGGCGGCGGCGGCGCCGCACCCGGCCGUCCUACGCUCAAGACGGUGGCGACGAUGGCGCGCUUCAUCGCCAGGAUGCGCAUAUCUGCGCGCGAGUGGGCCAAGCACGAGGCCACGCGCCAGAGGCUGGCGAACUGCGUCGACGAGAUGCGCAAGACCAAGAGGAGGAGGCAGCUCAAGGUGGUCUCGGCGGACCACGUUGAGGCCUGA